AUGUCUGCAUUUAUCAAAACAAUUGCUUUUAACAAUCCCAGGAAACUAAUUUCUAACGUAUUUAUCCGAACAUUCACAAAAGCAGAACUACCGCAGUUUGAAACUCUAGCCGUGUCUGUUCCGAAGAAACAUGUCUAUCAUGUGGAGCUGAACAGGCCUAAGAAGUCUAACUCUUUCACUAGGACUAUGUGGCAAGAAAUAAAUAACUGCUUCACGACACUGAGCUUGAUUCCGGAAUGCAGAGUGAUUGUGGUGUCUGGGCAGGGCAAACAUUUCUGUGGUGGUAUUGAGUUGCAGAGCUUGGUACAGCUAGCUGCUGAGGCUGAUGAACUAGAAGAUGUGGCGAGGAAAGCUCGCUACCAUUACAACUUCAUCAAAUAUGCUCAGGAAACAAUAUCUUCGCUAGAGGAGUGUGUGAAGCCCGUGAUCACAGUGACCCACAACGCCUGCAUCGGCGCCGGGGUCAACUUGAUCACUGCUGCCGAUAUGAGAUACUGCACAGAGGACUGUUGGUUCUCAGUGCGAGAGGUGGAUGUCGGUCUUGCACCCGAUGUAGGCACUCUACAGAGACUACCUAAGAUAGUGGGUAACGCGUCAGUGGCCAGAGAGCUUUGUUUCACCGGCAGAAACUUCGACGCUAAAGAGGCGAAAGAAAUUGGUCUAGUCAGUGAGAUUUUCCCUGAUAAGGAAACUGCCCUGACGAAAGUGCUUGAGAUAGCUGAAAACAUAGCGGCCAAGAGUCCCGUAGCGGUGCAGACUACUAAGAUCAACCUCGUCUACUCACAGAGUAGACCUAAUAAGGACGGGUUGGAACAUGUUCGUCUCCUAAACUCAGUGAUGAAUCAAGGCGAAGAUUUGACGAAGGCGGCUAUAGCUCAAGCCACCAAGAGCCCCGUACCAGAGUUCGAUAAUGUUUAA